GUUCCGCCAUAUCUUCAGUGUAGUCGAUAACGCGGUACCGCUGCCGUCAUGUCAGUGCCAGACGCUCUUCGGUGUUCCAAGUGAUCGAUCGGUGGGAUAAAUCGUUCAGGUCCGGUAGAGGAAACGUUCACAAAUUUCAACACCGCCAAACCGUCGCAUAUAUGACAUCGGAGUAAGAUUAAUUGUGAAUUCAGUCACUGGACCGUUAACGCAAUCAUGCCGUGUCGUUAUCAACCGAAGAGUCUAUUGAGCUUGUCGGAGGAUAGAGUCGUAUCCAAUCUCGUGCAAACGUGUUAUCAGAUACAAGAGCUAAUCCAUUCGACGCAAACAAUGACAUUCGCCAGGAACCGGAUGCGACGCUUUUGGCAGUCUGCCACGCCUCCAGCCGUCCGCCGUCGCCUGUUGAGCAAGUGCAUGGACAAGCUGGCAGACGUGGCUCGCGAGGGUCACUCAAUCAGUGCUACGGCGGACGCCGUGCCGCUGUGUCUGCUAGCAGUCAUGCUAGACAAGGACAUUAAUGAGCUAAAAAUACAGCUAUGCUGUUACUACGGUUGCAGCCACCAGAACACGUUGCUCAGGCUAUUGGCCGCUGAGGCUAAAGGACUAGAGAGAUUGGAACUCACUAGGCCUACGUUGCUGCGAUUAGACGCGCAACUGUUUCAGUCGGCGUUGUUGGCAAUGAGCAACUUAAAGUGUUUGGUGCUCAAAAAUAUCGCUUGCGAUAAAAUCCUGAAAACCGUCGGACAAUCGUGUUUCGCACUAGAGAAAUUAGACGUUUCCAAUUCCAGCCAAGUCACGGACGUCGGUAUCAAGAAUCUGUUGUUACAAAUCGAAAUCAGAGACAAACAAAAACAUUCGUAUGCCACCACCAAAUGCGGUUACAGGCAAACGCCCACCAAGAUGGUAACGAUAAUGCAAACUCUACGUGCGUUGUCAAAGAAAUUCAAGACCAGAGUGGUCGGGGAUAGAACCAAUAUCGACGACAUGUCGUUUGUGCUGGAGUACUGCCAGAAGAGCACACUGGUUUGCUCGACGUUGCGCGCUCUCAACAUGGCCAACACGAGCGUGACGAGUGUAGGUAUUCUGCUGACGCUGAAAAAAGUGCCUAACCUAGAGACGCUAGGAGAGUACUGUCACGUGGGUCGAGCGCUGGAGUUGUUGGACAAGUUCACGACGCCGACGACGACCAAGCGGUUACAGCUGACUAUGGCCAACGCGUGCCGGAUGACCUCGACCAGACUGCAAGCGCUUUGUGACACGUGCACUCGACUGGAUAGGCUGACCAUUUCGGAGCCGCUGCAUGCCCCUCACAUGCUCGGUCAGUUGCCAAGCACUCUUACCAAGAUCAAUUUGCAGACCGUACCGGCGGAACAGACGUGGGUAGACGAGCUGUGCAAAUACCUGUCGGGUCCGCAGUCCCGGCGUCUGCGUGAGGUGUCUAUCAAGUUCAGCCGGGUCGACAGGGUGCCAGUAGUCGACCUAAGUGCGUUUCUACCGUCGCUCACCGACCUGGAAACGCUGUCCGUGGACGGUGCCGAAAUGAGGUGGUCAGCACUGCCGACCUAUUCGGCCAUCGCCACGGCCGCUCCGAGCAAACUCGAGAAGUUACAGUUGUGCAAGAUCACAGACGCCGACACGCUGCGAACGAUUUUGCGUCGUGCGCCCCGCUUAAAGGUACUGCACAUUUACAGUCUAUCUAUGGAUGGUGCGACCAGCCUGACGGACGUGCUGAACGAGGACGGUGGACUGACCAGAAACCUCAAUUGCCUAUACGUGAACCAACUGUUUCCGUGCAUUGGGGUGGACACCAUUAAGUCCGUGGUGGCCGUUUGCCCGGAGAUCAGCAAAAUUGGCAACGUUGUUAACUGGGGUGGCGUGACCCGAGAUGAGAUCAAAGACUUGAACGCGUGGAUCCAACGCAAUAACUACCGGUUAGAACCCAACGGCGGUUCGCACUGGUUCUGUUCUGAAUGUUUUCCUAUUAUAUAAGACAUCUCUCGAUAGAAUAAUAUAACUAUAUACUUGUAUUUAUCUUACCGUUUAAUUAUUUAUUAAGAAAUAAACAUUGUUUUUCUUUUA